AUGGACAAGUUUCAAUAUCGCCCAAUUAUAGAGACCGAUGCUAAUGACGCUAUACGAAUAAUCCAUCUACAUCCCGGCCAAAACACCGAUGACAUACGAUGCGGAUUGGCCCAUGUAUCUCUUUCCGACUCCCCAAUCUACGAUGCAGUAUCUUAUGUCUGGGGUGAUACCUCCUACAGUGUGCCAAUCAUCUGCGACGGUGCCCGCUUGGCCAUCACAAGAAAUCUAUAUGACUUUUUGCGGCAGGUCCGCGAUGUCCAAAAAACACUAACCCUGUGGGCAGACGCAAUCUGCAUCGACCAAAGCAACAUCACGGAACGGAAUUCUCAAGUCCAGCGCAUGCGCUGUAUUUACUCAAAGGCUCAGCGGGUUCUGGUCUGGCUGGGACCUGCAGACGAUGGCAGCGACGAGGCCAUGCAAGUAGUACGGCGGCUAAAUGGCAGAGACGCCCGCACGGAAAACCCUCUCUUGUCGUACACGGGGGCUAGGAUUGCGCCCAUGAACCACCCUGUUUGGGGUUAUCUGGCUGAUCUGUUCAAUCGGCCCUAUUUCCAGCGUGUCUGGGUAGUGCAGGAGGUGGCGCUCUCGCAGUCAGCAACGGUGUUGUGUGGGUCGUCAUCAGCCAGCUGGGAGGAACUCAUCCAAGCCGGGUCUUACAUAUACACUACUGGACUUUCAAGGUUCCUGGGCAGGGUUGGAUUAAAUGUGGUCAGUAAUAUCGAGCUAGCAAGGCAAGAUCAUGUCCGGUCAAUUACGCGCCCUCCACUGAACCUCUUGCUUCGGCAGCGAGAUUGCGUGGCCACUGAUGCUCGAGACCAGGUAUUCGCUUUGUACGGCAUGUCGGAAGAUGUGUUCCACGAACUUGGUCUGGAUCCCGACUACGGAAUCAAGACUGCUCAAUUAUAUCGCGACAUCGCCGUCAGGAUUCUUAAGAAGUCCUUGAAUUUGGACAUCCUUGGUGCCCCUAGGAGCCUCGUGCCUCAGGGCUCUGUGGGGGAGACUCUACCAUCCUGGAUUCCAGACUGGAGCGACACCAACGUGACACACUCGUUAUUGCGACUGGAGACCCAACUAGACGGCCUCCCUUUCAAAGUCUCAUGCGGAUCCAGCAGUUCUCCAAUCUUCUCCUCCGACUACAGCCGCCUCGGCAUAGAAGGCUACAUCGUCGAUUCCAUUUCCGCGAUCAGCCUCACCCUCUCCAACACCGAACCCGUCAACAUCCGCGCACACUACCUCAAUAUAUGGAAGCAACAAGUCCUGUCAUUCCGCGCCCAACAGAUGCAAUUCCACUCUAUAGACCGCGUCACGCAGCUCCGUUCCAAAAAAACCUACUACGGCCAAGACCCCAUGGACGUCUACUGGAUCACGCUGCGCGGCGGCCACACGCCCGAAGGUGUCGCGAAAGCGCGCGAGGCGUUUCGCGCAUGGGACAAGAGCUUCCACGCGCUGAGUCCGCCGUGGUUUAACAAGCAUUUCUUGCUGCUUUUCUUCCUCGCUAGCUUCGGCAUCAUGGCCGCACUGACCCUCGUCAGGCACAAGCUUAGUAUCGACACGCCGCUGGUGAAACCCGAAUUCGACUUCAUCAACGGCUGCGCCAUCCGGCAGCGACGCGUGUUCCGGACCAAAGGCGGCUUCGUCGGCCUCGGGCCCGGAUCCGUCGAAACGGGCGACCAUGUUGCGUUGUGCAAGGGCGGGAAGCUGCCGCUUGUGCUCCGCAAGCAAGGCGGCGACUACGAGCUGCUCGGCGACAGUUUUAUUUACGGCAUGAUGAAUGGCCAGCGAUGGGACGACCGAAAGUGUCAUCGAAUAUGGCUCGUGUAA